AUGUCAUUCAAAUCCGAAGCCAUCGUGGCUAGAGGCCCAAUUUCUGAGGGCAAAUGGGCUAUUGAGCCAGUGACACUCCGAGAUCUGCGUGAUGAUGAAGUUCUCGUCGAGAUAGUUGCUUCUGGUAUCUGCCACACUGACCUUCACUGUGGCAACACUCCAGCAGAUGCCGGUGUUCCGGGAGUGUACUACCCAAGAGUCCUUGGGCAUGAGGGCUCAGGAUAUGUUGUCAAUGUUGGCAAGUCGGUUACUCACGUCAAGCCCGGCGACCCAGUUCUUUUAUCAUUCUCAUACUGCGGCUCGUGCCACGUCUGCAAGACUGGACCGCCUUCACACUGCACCAACUUCUUCGAGAUCAACUUCAUUGGUGAACCUGUCUUCUCCGACGGAAUUGGAGGACGUUUCUUCGGCCAGUCAAGUCUUGCGCAUCAUACCGUUGUCAGUGACAAGUCAGUUGUCAACGUCGCCGGUCUUGGGCUCAGUCGAAACGACCUCAGAAUCCUGGCACCACUGGGAUGUGGACUGCAAACCGGUAGCGGGACUGUUAUCAAUGUCGCCAAGGCUGGACCAGAGGACUGCGUCACUAUCGCCGGUAUGGGAGGUGUCGGACUGGCGGCUGUGAUUGCGGCAAAGAAUCAAGGUUGCAAAGCCAUCAUCGGGAUCGAUCGGCUCGAGUCUCGACUCGAGCUUGCGAAAUCUCUCGGCGCCACUCAUGUCAUCAACACUACCGGCCUCGAUAUGAAGCAGGUGACGGAAAAGAUCAAGGAGGCAGCGGAGGGACUUGGCUCAACAAUUAGCAUCGACACGAGUGCGUACCCGCCACUGUUGGCCGCGCAAAUUGAUGGCACCAGGUAUAUGGGCAAGAUCAUCCAGGUCGGCACUGGAAUGCCGGAGUCGAACAUCUCAAUCCACAUGCAGACUUUCAUGGUCAGCGGCAAACAGUACUUCGGAGCUGUGCAAGGGCACGUAAGGACUAGAGACUACGUUCCUCAGAUGGUUCAAUGGUGGAGAGACGGCAAAUUCCCAGUCGAGAAGCUAGUGAAGGUUUUUGAGCAUCCCAACUUUGAACAAGCCGUAGAGGCGAUGAAGAAGGGCGAUGUUGUAAAGCCGAUAAUUGCUUGGUCUUGA